GUCAUUGUACAAAACCCCCUCUGCCCAGGAUCAUCUUCAGUUCUCAGAAAGAGAGGAGUUAUUUGUGCAUACUUUCUCAUCUGAGUAGUCUACAGGUCCUAGCCGACACAACGUCUCUGAUAUUCUCAGAGACCUAAAAGGACAUGGAUAUGAAGCCUCUGAUGAUUCUCCUCCUGCUAGCAGCUGUCACCACCACCGCCCUUGCACCAGCUGGUACCACCACCAGUUCUGCAGCAGCUGUCACCACCACCCGUCCUGCAGCAGCUGUCACCACCACCGCACCUGCAGCAGCUGUCACUACCACCGCACCUGCAGCAGCUGUCACUACCACCGCACCUGCAGCAGCUGUCACUACCACCGCACCUGCAGCAGCUGUCACUACCACCGCACCUGCAGUAGCUGGUACCACCACCCGUCCUGCAGCAGCUGUCACCACCACUGCGCCUGCAGUAGCUGGUACCACCACCCGUCCUGCAGCAGCUGUCGCUACCACCGCACCUGCAGCAGCUGUCACUACCACUACCACCCCUGCAGCAGCUCUCACCACCACCGCACCUGCAGCAGCUGUCACUACCACUGCGCCUGCAGUAGCUGGUACCACCACCCGUCCUGCAGCAGCUGUCACCACCACUGCGCCUGCAGUAGCUGGUACCACCACCCGUCCUGCAGCAGCUGUCACCACUACCGCCCCUGCAGCAGCUGUCACCACUACCGCCCCUGCAGCAGCUGGUACCACCACCGCCCCUGCAGCAGCUGGUACCACCAGAUCCCCUGCAGCAGCUGUAACCACCACCGCCCCUGCAGCAGCUGUCACCACUACCCGUCCUGCAGCAGCUGUUACCAACACCGCUCCUUCAGCAGCUGGUACAACCACCAGUCCUGCAGCAGAUGCCACCACUACCGCCCCUGCAGCAGCUGGUUGCAACACCUCCCCUGCAGCAGCUGGUACCACCACCGCCCCUGCAGCAGCUGGUACAACCACCAGUCCUGCAGCAGAUGCCACCACUACCGCCCCUGCAGCAGCUGGUUGCAACACCUCCCCUGCAGCAGCUGGUACCACCACCGCCCCUUCAGCAGCUGUCACCACCACCGCCCCUGCAGCAGCUGGUACCACCACCGCCCCUGCAGCAGCUGGUACCACCACCAGUCCUGCAGCAGCUGUCACCACAACCGCCCCUGCAGCAGCUGGUACCACCACCAGUCCUGCAGCAGCUGGUACCACCACCAGUCCUGCAGCAGCUGUCACCACCACUGCCCCAGCAGCAGCUGGUACCACCCCCGCCCCUGCAGCAGCUGGUACCACCACCAGUCCUGCAGCACCUGUCACCACCACCCGUCCUGCAGCAGCUGUCACCACCACCCGUCCUGCAGCAGCUGUCACCACCACCCGUCCUGCAGCAGCUGUCACCUCCACCCGUCCUACAGCAGCUGUCACCACGACCCCCCCAUCAGCAGCUGUCACCACCACCGCCCUUGCACCAGCUGGUACCACCACCAGUCCUGCAGCAGCUGUCACCACCACCCGUCCUGCAGCAGCUGUCACCACCACCGCACCUGCAGCAGCUGUCACUACCACCGCACCUGCAGCAGCUGUCACUACCACCGCACCUGCAGCAGCUGUCACUACCACCGCCCUUGCACCAGCUGGUACCACCACCAGUCCUGCAGCAGCUGUCACCACCACCCGUCCUGCAGCAGCUGUCACCACCACCGCACCUGCAGCAGCUGUCACUACCACCGCACCUGCAGCAGCUGUCACUACCACCGCACCUGCAGCAGCUGUCACUACCACCGCACCUGCAGCAGCUGUCACUACCACCGCACCUGCAGCAGCUGUCACCACCACUACCACCCCUGCAGCAGCUCUCACCACUACUGCCCCUGCAGCAGCUGUCACCACUACCGCCCCUGCAGCAGCUGUCACCACCACCGCCCCAGCAGCAGCUGUCACCACCACUGCUCCUGCAGCAGCUGUCACCACAACCACCCCUGCAGCAGCUGGUACCACCACCCGUCCGUCAGCAGCUGGCACUACUACAGCACCUUCAGCAGCUGGUACCACCACCGCCCCUGCAGCAGCUGGUACCACCACCGCCCCUGCAGCAGCUGUAACCACCACCACCCCUGCAGCAGCUGUCACUACCACCGCACCUGCAGCAGCUGUCACUACCACCGCACCUGCAGCAGCUGUCACCACCCCUGCAGCAGCUCACCACCACCGCCCCUGCAGCAGCUGUCACUACCACCGCACCUGCAGCAGCUGUCACCACCACUACCACCCCUGCAGCAGCUCUCACCACCACCGCACCUGCAGCAGCUGUCACCACCACUACCACCCCUGCAGCAGCUCUCAUCACCACCGCCCCUGCAGCAGCUGUCACCAACACCCGUCCUGCAGCAGCUGUCACCACUACCGCCCCUGCAGCAGCUCUCACCACCACCCGUCCUGCAGCAGCUCUCACCACUACCGCCCCUGCAGCAGCUCUCACCACCACCCGUCCUGCAGCAGCUCUCACCACCACCCGUCCUGUAGCAGCUGUCACCACUACCGCACCUGCAGCAGCUAUCACCACUACCGCCCCUGCAGCAGCUGUUACCACCACCGCCCCUGCAGCAGCUGUCACCACCAGUCCUGUAGCAGCUGUCACCACUACCGCCCCUGCAGCAGCUGUCACCACCACCCGUCCUGCAGCAGCUGUCACCACCUCCGCACCUGCAGCAGCUGGUGCCACCACCGCCCCUGCAGCAGCUGGCACCACCACUGCCCCUGCGUAGCUGGUACCACCACCUCCCCUGCUGCAGCUGGUACCACCACCGCCCCUGCAGCAGCUGUCACCACCACCCAUCCUGCAGCAGCUGUCACCACUUCCGCCCCUGCAGCAGCUGGUAACACCACUGCCACUGUCACCACCACCCGUCCUGCAGAAGCUGUCACCACUACCGCCCCUACAGUAGCUGGUACCACCACCGCGCCUUCAGCAGCUGGUACCACCACCUCCCCUGCAGCAGAUGGUACCACCCCCGCCCCUGCAGCAGAUGGUACCACCCCCGCCCCUGCAGCACCACCCCUGCAGCACAUGAUCCCACCACCGCCCCUGCGUAGCUGGUACCACCACCUCCCCUGCUGCAGAUGGUACCACCACCGCACCUGCAGCAGCUGUCACCACCACCCGUCCUGCAGCAGCUGUCACCACCUCCGCACCUGCAGCAGCUGGUACCACCACCGCCCCUGCAGCAGCUGGUACCACCACCACCCCUGUCACCACCACCCGUCCUGCAGCAGCUGUCACCACUACCGCCCCUGCAGUAGCUGGUACCAACUCCUCCCCUGCAGCAGCUGGCACCACCACUGCCCCUGCGUAGCUGGUACCACCACCUCCCCUGCUGCAGCUGGUACCGCCACCACACCUGCAGCAGCUGGUACCAGCACCUCCCCUGCAGCAGAUGGUACCACCACCGCCCCAGCAGCAGCUGGUACCACCACCCCUGCAGCAGCUGGUGCAAACACCAGUCCUGCAGCAGCAGUCACCACGACCCAUCCUGCAGCAUCUGUCACCAAUACCGCCCCUGCUGCAGCUGGUACCACCACCGCCCCUGCGUAGCUGCUAGCAC